ACAAAAUUUAAAUUAAAUUACACAUACUAUUUCCAGUAGGAAACACUUGCCUUCUUGAUCAGUUUUUCUAUAUUUCCUGCAGAUGCAGAAGAUCCCAACUGCGACUAAAAUCAACAGAGAUCCAGUAGAGAUCAACACUAUCAGAGAGAAUGGAGGAGCUGAAGGAGAGGAAAGGAGAGACAGUCAUUAAUAAGGCAGCAUUUUCCAGUUUUAGGACGCAGCCGAAGUCUUUGGAAGCCAGGACAGACGGAGACUGUGACAGUAGUUAAGGCUGCUGUUAUUCAUGUGUGAAUCCACAAAGAUAAGAUUUGUAUGUUUCCUCAUCCACUGUGUAGUCUGUCCAAACUAAACACAAGAAUAAAAGGUGAACGACAAAGAGGCAGGACACAUACACACACAAAGUUAAUUACCUUAAGGUCACUUUGAGGAACUUGAAGAACAAGUCUUGAUGCUCCCAAAAUAGAAUCUUACAAAACAGCAUUCCUGUUAUGCUUUCUUUAAAACUGAAAGAUGACAAAAGGAAAGAAUGUGGUAUUUCAAGACAAGAUUUCACCAGAGGAAAAGGUCUACAUGAAACAGAUUAUAAAAUUCAGCCUAUACUUACCAUAAAACAAACAAUAUUUCCACUUCAAAUUCAAUUCAAGAAUCAAGAAGGAUUUAUUUCAUCUUCACCAAAGGUUCAUCAAAGUUUGUACAUCAUCUCUGUGUUUCUGCUAUAUAUCACAGGUUCCUGCUCUUCUUCUGUGGUCAGAGUUGAAGGUUUUGUUGGAGGCUCUGCUGUCUUUACUUGUUCUAUCCCUGAAAGUGAGAUUAAGGACAAUAUAAAAAAAUUCAACCUACAUGUGAGAGACAUUGAAGGCAAGACUGUGUGUGACAUAAUUGGGGGCGACAGAACAUGUCAAGGUCAAGCUCCAGAGUACAAGGCCAGAACUGAAAUAUUACCCAAUGCUCAAAAGGAGGGUAACUUCACCAUCAAACUCAACUGGCUUAAAAAAAACGAUGCCAGGAAGUACACCUGCAUCUUCACAGGGCCAUUUCAAAAUGAAAUUUACUUAGAGCUUGAUGUCAAAGAUUGUCACGGUGCACACAAGAACAAGAUGGUAAGAUCCAAGUGCAGUGAUGUUUAUUAAAGGGAACUCCAAACACGUAAUCCAAGGAACAGGCAAGGGUCAAAAUCACAGAAACAGUCCACAAAACAAAAGGCCAGAGAAACAAACGGUGCACGUAACAAAUACAACAAACCACAACUGAGGACAGAAACAACUGAGAUUAAAUAGACAGACACUGAUUACAAAAUACAUGACAGCUGGGUGUAAUGAUGUGAUAAAUGGAUAAUGAGUCCGGCAGUGCGUUAUGGGUAGUGUAGUCAAUGGGGUGAAAACAGUCCAGGAUGGAGUGCCCUCAAGUGGCUAAUUCGGGCACUCUCACUGACGGUCGUGACAUUACCCCCCCUCAAAGGAGCGGCUACCAGACGCUCCACCAGACAAAACAAAAACGAAAAACACAAACUCAGGAGGGAGGUGGACAG